UGGCGUAGUAACUCUGACCCUUCGCUGCAAUUAUAAACAGCCAAGCAGUCGAGCAUAGUCUGUACUCUGCAAACUGAAAUCCAAGACAGAUUUACAGAGAGAAAGAGAGAGGAGAGUAGAAGGGAGUUGAGCAGAGAAAUGGAGAGGAGAAGAGUAACAUUCGCUGCCACAUUUCUCUGCUUAUUAUUAUUAUUAUUACCUGAGCUGAAUGUGGUAGCCAAUGCUCAGGAUGGUGCUGCAACGGAACCAGUCACACCUGCCUUGUUCAUCUUUGGUGACUCCCUGAUUGACGACGGAAAUAAUAACUACUUGGUCACAGCAGCAAAGGCCAAUUACUUCCCGUAUGGGAUAGACUCUGGAGGCCCGACAGGCCGUUUCAGCAAUGGUCUUACUGUUGUUGAUUACGGAGCACAGUACCUGGGUUUGCCCAUUAUACCGCCAUACUUCUCACUAACAUCAUUCGGCAAACAUAUACUGAGAGGAAUCAACUACGCAUCAGCAGCAGCAGGGAUACUUGAUGAAACUGGAAGACAUUAUGGGCAGCGGACAUCCUUGAAUGGACAGAUAUCCCAAUUUCAGGAGACAGUUGCACUGAAAUUACCACUGCUUUUCCAAAACCAGGAUGAGCUAACCCAAUACCUCGCAAAAUCAGUCUUUCUAAUUGACAUUGGAGGCAAUGACUACCUCAACAACUAUCUUCAACCUGAGAGAUAUGACAGUAGUCGUAUAUACGAUGGGGAAGGAUUCGCUGAUCUUCUCAUGAAUACACUUACUUCACAGAUAACAAGAUUGUACAACAUAGGUGCAAGAAAAAUGGUGCUAGUUGGAACAGGUCCCCUCGGAUGCAUACCUUCUUUCUUAUCUAAGUCCAGCGAUAACAGCUGUGUGCAGAGCGUCAAUAAUUUGAUCAUUCCAUUCAAUAGCCGUCUAACUCAGAUUACAAAUACACUCAACCAAAGCCUUCCGGGUUCUUUCUUUGUCUAUCAGAAUACUUACGAUUUCUUCUACGACGUGAUAAAAACCCCUUCUAAAUACGGUUUUACUGUAUCAACCAAGGCUUGCUGCGGGAACGGAAGAGCAGGAGGGGAACUUACCUGCCUUCCUUUGCAGCAACCAUGUGCAGAUAGAAAUCAGUAUGUCUUCUGGGAUUCCUUCCACCCAACCCAAGCGGUAAAUGCAAUCAUAGCACGCAGAGGCUACAGCCAGUAUGCCACUGACUGCAUUCCAAUCAGCAUCUAUCAAUUGGCACAACUAUAAGUUCAUGAAGCUCAAAUGUAGUCACCCAAUCCUAUUAGGCUUCUCUAUUAUUGUAUUAUGUUAACUUAGUUAAGCAAGGAUUUAGCAUUGCAUUGUA